GUUGUAAGUGGAAUGUAACGUUAGUUCAAAACUCCCUUUAGAAAACUAGCGCUUUAAUAAUGCAUUGAUCUUUGUGUCGAGUAGAUGAAAAACUGCUGAUUAACGUUAAUGUUGCUGAUUCGGCACGCUAGUAAUGCAACACGUAACGUAAAGCCUAACGUUAACGUUAACUGUUUGGUGAUGGCUCCUCCGCUGCGGACGAUGGAGUCUGCGAACAGCUAUACGAGGAUGAAACAAGUUUAAACAGAAAGGAACAUUAAGGGAAACUUGUGGAACCUUUAUUCUCUAGAAACCUACAUGGAUGAGAAGUUUAUCACCAGAGCCUUUUCCACCAUGGGAGAGCAGGCAAUUAAUGUGCGAAUCAUACGCAACAAGAUGACAGGUGUGUUGUCACCCAGGGGGGCUCUGGGUUACUGUUUUGUGGAAAUGACAGACGAGGCCACAGCUGAGAGGUGUCUCCGUAAAAUCAAUGGAAAAGCCUUACCAGGAGCCAAUCCGCCCACAAGAUUUAAGUUAAACCGAGCCACCUUUGGGAAACAAGACAGCGGUCAGAUGUAUUCUCUGUUUGUGGGAGAUCUAACUCCAGAGGUGGAUGAUGGGAUGCUUUAUGAGUUCUUCUACAACCGCUACCCUUCCUGUCGCGGUGGAAAAGUGGUGCUGGACAGCAUGGGCAACUCCAAGGGCUGUGGCUUUGUUCAGUUCCCAGACGAGCGGCUGCAGAAGCGGGCCUUAGAGGAGUGUCAGGGUGCUGUGGGACUGGGUGCUAAACCUCUGAGAUUGAGCCUGGCUGCUAACAAUUUAAGGAACCGGCAGCAGCAGCAGUCAGAGCACAGAUCAUCAUGGCAGUCCAGCACAGGAUACAAACACAACCAUGACCAGUACAACCAGUACCAGCAGCAUGCCUAUCCUGGGUAUUACUCCUCCUGGGGCUACGAUCAGACUGGAGGAGAGUAUGGCUACAACUAUCAGCAGUAUGAUUACACACAGUAUCCCCCACCUCAGGAAAGUGAAGCUGUUGAGGAGGAUGGACUUGAAGAUCCCAGUCCGACGCUUGAUGUGGUGGAGGCCAACAGGAAGUUCAUGGAACUCAGUGAGGAACUGUAUGAUGCUCUGAUCGAGUGUCACUGGCAGCAAUCAGAGAUCUCCACAGAGCAGGACCAUGCGACAUCCAGCUUACCAGAGCCCAUUUACUGCUGAAACGGAACACAUUUUCUUCUCAGUAUGGAUUAUUUUUGUAUGGACAAAUGAAAUUAGUCAUGGUAAUGGAUCUUAUUCAAGUAUACAAAGCCAUUGAAAUGUUCUGUGAAUACAGACAAUUCUGAAUUUGAAACAAAA